AUCGCGUUGAUUCACGGGAUUUUGUUUUACUUACACAGCAAUUUCCGGUAAAACUGGAAGUAUUUUAAAAUUAAAAUGUUCGGGAUUUGUAUUGUGUUUACAUUAACUGUGUGAGAACUGUUCCUGAACGUCAAAAUAGUGUACAUACGUGAUAAAUACCAACUUCCAAGGGUACUGCGGAUUGAAAACCACCUGAGAAGAAAACUUUUGUUGAAAUGAUUGGAAAAAUUACAAGCUUUCUGCUUGGAGACAAAAUGGAGGAAGCAAAUGAAUACGACGAAUACAAAGAGCUCUUAGAAACUGAAGAGGGGGAGUGGGUCAUCGUGAAUGUGCACGAGAGCUGCCCAGUGGUGCAGCUGGAGAUGGGCUCCCUGGAGAACCUGCUGAUUGAGCACCCCAGCAUGUCUGUGUACAACAUGAGGGGGCAGAGCAGCGACCAGGAGGAGGAGGAUGAGGAUACAGACGCUCCCAGGCCUGCUCAGAUGGCACGGUAUGCGCCACGAAGGGUGACUGUUCUUGCGCGCAUCAGUCAUUUGCACUACAUGCAGAGGGCUGAGCUCCUCGUCGACCGCAGAAAGCUGAGCAGGAAUCGCCUCCACAGACAGGACCGAUCCAAGAAACGAUAUUCUCCAAAAGAAAAGCACUGUGGCAAUUUCAAGCAGCCCUGCCAGCGUGUCUAUAAUUACUAAGAAAGAGCAAGAAUCCAAAUGCGAAUUGCAGAAUAUUUUGUUUAAAAAAACCCAUAUUUCACAGCGUCCGAGAUCUUAUUAGAUAAAACAAAAUGCCUAAUUAAUUUCAAAAGAAAACCAUGCUGAUGUUACCAUAUAAGUAAGAUUGGCACUUUUUUGAGAAUAAGCGAUUAUAGUUUUAUACCCUGUAUAACUCAUAAUGACAACUGUUUUAUUGUUUUCA